CUCAGCGGAAGGAGACGUUUAGAAGCUGGCCUGUGUUUCUCCUCAACGCCAUCAUGCAAGGUCUCCUGAGACUGGCCCUCUUUUCUCUGCUUCUACCUCCAGCUUCUUUCUUAGAAUGCGAGACUUGCUCAGCUACCAGCAACAACUGCACAGGCGGUUCGGAGAGUUGUGAAGAUGACCAAGAUAGUUGUGCUAUCAGUUUGACUGUAGUUUCAAAAGGUGGAAAAAUAUACCCAGCUGUAGAAAAAGGCUGCUAUUCCUCCUACAACUGUUCAGCUGGGUGGAUAUGGGUCACCUUUGGUCGACAGGAAUUUAUAAGGAAAAGUGUCAGCUGUUGCCUAGCGAAUGACUGCUCUUCAGCUUUUUCUCAAUUGCCGCCACCAAGGAACACCACAGCCAACGGAAAGCGAUGCCCAGCCUGCUAUGCUGCACCAAAGGAAUGCUCUACUGCAGUAGUAAAUUGUACUGGAUCUGAUAACUACUGCCUGGAUAUGAUGAUGUACCAAUUUGGAGAAAAGGUUGUCAACCUGAAGGGCUGCACGAUGGAGUCGACCUGUGCUGAAUUACAAACUGGCCAAAGGACCUUCCUCGGGGUUGGUGAAAACAUUGAUUGUAGACCUGCCAGUCAAAGCUCGUCUCUCUCUGGAUCCUUUCUCCUUUGUCUUCUGCUGAUGACAGACUUUUUGUAAUGUCCACCUCCCACCCCUCGCAGCAACUAUUUAUGGAACCAUAUUUCAUUCACAUUCCCAGGAGGAAGCCAUAAUGUGCAAAAAGUCCAGAUUUGGUCCUUCACGAUCUUCUGGAAAGCUCCAGGCCACCUCAGCAUGUUGUCUUCCUCCCCCAUCUUACUGCUCCCAUAUUGAACAACUCCUAUGUGUUGCUCGUUAUCAUGAGCCCAUAAAAAUCAACUUUGUGGGAUCAGACCAGAAGCCUUAGCUAGUCAAACAUUUUCUUUCCCAACAUGGGCAACCCAACACUUUCAGGAAGUCUGUGUAAAGGAUAUGAGGGGAAUAACACCCUUUUCCUAUUGUUCCUGAAUGACUGGUACUGGGGAAUCUGAUGUUUGUGGACUUAAUCUUCUUCUUCUGGAUCUGGAGAGAUGGACCUGGCUAAGCUCCGUUCUUUGACAGUAGAAAAUACUUCAUUGACGGGUCCAUAAAUGAAACACCAGGACUGUGUGUGCUUUGCCUUACUGAAGACUAGAGACGUGAAGAGCACUCACCAAAUUCCUCAAUGUCCUCAGUUUAGGUAGCCUGAAGAAGACAAAAUCCCUGAAUUUUCAAUCCCCAUGUAUUUGUAUACCAAAAGUCUUUUUCAGGGGACAACAGGUUUCUCAUCUAGAUCUCUACAGUUUGUGUAAAUACCUGUGUACAAGACUGGUGUAAAUUCCCUCUGAAAAGCAAAACGAACAUGCGACAAGGAAGGUGAGUCUUCAAAAGUAUGUCAAAAAUUCACCCCUCCAAUGUUUCUGAGUCUUAAAUAUCCAUGGAAAGAAGAA